UAUAAUCAUCUCAAUAUGAAGUCAAGAAUCUUACCUUAUUUUCUCAACAGAUUAUACUCAUGUUUGGCAAAUGGCAGUCCAGAUGAAUUUCUCCGAGGAGAACAACUUGUUCGCGGCAAAUGUGUUCGAAAUGUUCUUCAAAUUGGAUUUCAUCUUUGCGCCAACGUUGUUCCACCUGUUAAUGCUGUCAACAAGAAUCCAUGUUCGGUGGCCGUGAUGUUUGAUAGACGAAGAAUAACUUCAUGCAGUUGCAACUGUGGCUCUAGUGCUAAGUGGUGUGCACAUGUUGUUGCACUUUGUCUUAUUCGGAUUCAACAGCCUCUAUCUGUUGCAUGAGAGCCCCGUAGGGA